GCGACGAGGUGGCAGGUCGUUGCCGGCGCCGUGGGCGGCAGGGAGGGGCGAGCCCUCGCCUCGGUGCUGGUGGCGCCGCCUCGGGUGGCGGGCUGCUAUGUCUUCCUGCCCUCCGGCUGCGAGGGCGGGUCCUUCGAGCAGGGGGCGUGGAAGAAGGUGAAGCAGAGGAGCUCGAGGACGGAUGACGUCAACAAGCUCGAGGCAUGCGCCAAGCACAAGCACACCUACGACUUCUGGUGCGGCGCGAGCGACGCGGUGAUGGCGUGGGUCCACGCCUGA